AUGUUCAAGGCUCUGACCACCUUCCUGCUGGCCACAACCGCCCUGGGCCAGACAUACUCCACCUGCAACCCGCUGACACAAACGUGUAAGCCGGACCCGGCGCUGGGCGGAGCCAAGAUGUUCGACUUCACCCAGGAACAGGGCGACUGGCACGUGACCUUCAAGCCCGACCGGGUCGAAUACACCCCCGAGGGAGUGUCUCUGCGGGUCCAGACCCAGGGCGACAACCCCACGCUGCAGUCUGACUUUUAUCUCAUGUUUGGCCGUGUCGAGGCCGUGAUCCAGGCAGCUCCCGGCGUGGGCAUCGUGUCCUCCUUUGUGCUGCAGAGCGACGACCUCGAUGAGAUCGACCUCGAGUGGCUCGGAGGCGACAACACCCAGGUCCAGACAAACUUCUUUGUCAAGGGAAACACAGACACCUACGAUCGAGGCCAGUUCCAUGGCAUUGGCAACCCCACGGGCCAAUUCCACACCUACGUCAUUGAGUGGACCUCCGAACAGAUCACCUGGACCAUCAACGGCCAGGUGGUCCGAACCCUGCUCUCCAACGAUUGGCAUGGCUUCCCCCAGUCACCCAUGAACAUCCGAAUGGGCGUCUGGGCUGGAGGAGACCCCACCAACAACCCCGGAACCAUCCAGUGGGCCGGAGGAGAAACCAACUACCAGACCGGUCCUUACCCCAUGCUCAUCAAGUCCGUUAACGUCGAGGAUUACUCUACCGGUGAUGCUUACGAGUAUUCUGAUCGAUCCGGAACCUGGCAGUCCAUCAAGGCACAGAACGGAGAGGUUCAUCCCGUUCGACCUGCCGUGAUUCCUCCUGCCGAUGGCUCCAAGUUUGAUCUUGUUUCUGCCGACCAGGGUGAUAAGCCUAGCACUGGAGCUCUGCAAGCUUCUUCCACCCAGGCUUCUCCCGAGGCUUCUUCUCAGGCUCCUUCUGAGGCUCCUUCUGAGGCUUCUUCCAAGACUUCUUCUGAGGCUUCUUCCGUUCAGGCUACCCCUUCUGUCGAGCCUACUUCUUCUAUUCCCGCUCCUUCUACAUCUGCUGCCUCUUCUGCUGCCUCUUCUGCGGCUCCCACUACCUCUUCCACCCUCUCCAUCCCUGUGUUGGUGCCUGGACCUGCUAAGAACACCUCCUCCGCAGUGUCUUCUUCUACCAACAGCUCAACUCCCGUGACCACCCACGUGACCAAGCCGGCCAACCGAACCAGCUCCACCGUGUUCGCCACCGUCACUUCCUGCAAGGACGAUGCCUGCAAGAAGACUGAGGUGCCCAAACCCGUGGCCAACUCUACCGUGGCCACCUCCAAGCCUGCUUCCAAGCCCGCUUCCAAGACCGUCCUUCCUGUGACCUCUGUGGCUCCCACCACCUCCAAGCCUGUCCCCACUCAGACCAAGACUGAGGCCGAGUCUUCUGCUUCUGUUUCUGGCGUCCCCACAAUUUCUCAGGCCACUGCCUCCACCACCGCUCACCAGGCCAACACUGGAGUUGUCACUGAGGCUUCUUUCGGCGCCAUUGCCGUUGCUGCCUUUGCUCUGAUGCUCAUUUAA